CAACACAUGAUGACAGGGCUGCAAUUCCACCAAUACCAAUCACCACACUGUCUUGUCCAACCCUCCCUCACUCUCUCUCUCUCUCUCUCCUCUCUCUCUCUUAUCCAGCUUUCAAACACCUGCACUCUUCUUCUUGUAUGUUUAACGACUGGUGAGACACAAAAACUCUUUUACCUUACUGUCUCGCUCCGUCUCUCCUGCCCUCUCUGGUCCCGUCCAACUCUCUGUAAGGAAAAGGAGUACCUGUAAGUCUGUGCCUCCCUGCUGGAGCAACUUUAUCACAGUUUUCUUCUCGAUCUACUGACACUUCUCAAAAAAUGACUGGGAGCCAUCAAGCUGCCCCUGACGAACCAGGCAACACUGUUGCCCCAACCCAAAUGUCAAAGUCAGCAACCACUCAAGGCCAGAAGCAGUCCCACAGCCCCAAUAAAUUCAUGAGUGAACUGCACAGGACCCAAAUGCCAUCGUGGGGUGUUGCCGCCCUUUGGGUGGUGAGUUUGUUUGUGGUGCUGUCCUGUGCUCUAUGUGCGUGGAGAAAGAGCCAGAAAAAGAAGGACACAGAAAAGGACAAGAAAAAGGGAAAAGAGACGAGCCAGGGGGACUUUGACACUGAAAUGAAUGGAGGUUACAACAAGCCACUGAAAGAUGAAGGUAAAAAAGAAACAGAGCUGUCGGAUAAUGAGCCCAAGGAGGAGGAGAAGCUGGGCCGGCUACAUUUCACAUUAGACUACAACUUCACUGAUAACACGCUGGUAGUAGGCAUCUUGCAGGCCGCUGAACUGCCUGCGAUGGAUGUGGGCGGUAGUUCCGACCCUUACGUCAAACUCUAUCUGCUCCCGGACAAGAAGAAGAAAUUUGAAACCAAAGUUCAUAGGAAGACUCUUGAACCCAACUUCAAUGAGACGUUCACUUUUAAGGUACCGUACACUGAGCUGGGUGGGAAGACGCUAGUGAUGACUGUGUACGACUUUGACCGUUUCUCAAAACACGACGCCAUUGGAGCUGUGAAGAUACCAAUGAGCAGCAUGGACUUCAGCCAGUCUCUGCAGGAGUGGAGGGAUCUACAGAAGGCAGAGAAGGAGGAGAGCGAGCGGCUUGGAGACGUGUGUUUGUCCUUGAGGUAUGUGCCAACUUCAGGGAAGCUGACAGUUGUGGUCUUGGAGGCCAAAAACCUGAAGAAAAUGGAUGUGGGUGGAUUAUCAGACCCUUAUGUGAAGAUCCACUUGAUGCAGAAUGGGAAAAGACUCAAGAAAAAGAAAACAACGAUAAAGAAGAACACUCUGAACCCUUACUACAACGAGUCUUUCAGCUUUGAAGUUCCAUGUGAACAAAUAGAGAAAGUUCAGAUAGCAGUUACUGCGUUGGACUAUGAUAAGAUUGGGAAGAAUGAUGCCAUUGGGAAGGUGCUGCUGGGAGGUAACAGCACUGGGAAAGAGCAAUGCCAUUGGUCAGACAUGCUGGCUAACCCCAGGAGGCCAAUCGCCCAGUGGCAUAGCCUUCAACCAGAGGAUGAAGUCAACGCGCUUAUUUCCAACAAGAAAUGAAACAUUGACAUCGGCGGGCAAUGACACCUUGCUACAUUUACCCCCUCUACUUCUAUUUUAUGUUCCUAUCUCCUGUUUUCCCCUGAAACCCUUUUUAAGGUACUUCAAUAAGUGAAUCUGCCCAAUAAUAACAUGUUUAACCCUUAACAGAAUCCCUUGUGGACUGCAAGUCUCAUAAAUUCAGAUUUUAUUUUUUACCUGCUUCAAACUAAAAUGCUGAAAAGGAGUUUAAAACAAUUUUGUUUUACUCUGUACAUUGCUUAGACCAAAUAAGAUUUCUUAAAUCAUUGUGUGAAGGUCAGUUCGUCUACAUGCAAACUUCACCGGAGAUUCACGUGAUCAACCUGCAGAGGGAGCCAAUCCAAAGGACUGUGUAAAAGGUUCCUCACAGGACUACUACCAUAUCUCUACUUUCAUGAUAUUCUUUGCUGCCUUUGUGGAGUUUAUUAAUUGGUUGUUUUCAAUUAAAAAAGCAAGAAAAU